AUCUGUAUACCAUAUUGACAUUUGACAGAAUUGUCUAAUUUUCAAUUUUGUGAAUUUCGAGAAUUUCUCGUGAUCCGUACCGGAUACUAAAUAAAUAAUCGAAUCGAUUACAGAUUUGUUUGUAAAUUGUAUUUUUGUAUGUGAAGCCGCAACUACUGCUGCGUAAUAACAAAACAGACGAUGGCGGACAAUCAAGAAGCCCCGGCAGCUAACACUCCAGAUAGUACAGUGAAGGAGGAGCCCAAAGCGAGUGCUGAUAGUACAAACGAGCCUGGGAAAGUUGUUGAAGAGAUGGCUGAGUCACCACCUCCGCAGCAGACGCCACCGCCGGCGGAGGAAGAAUGUAAUGAGAUCAUUAUAGUGAACGAGCAUACGACGGAACUAGAUCUGAACCACGGCAGGAUCGGGAAGAUUGAGAACCUCGAACCUCUCAAGAACUUAGAAAGAUUAUACUUACGAUGGAACUUGAUCAAGAAAAUCGAGGGUUUGAGCACCCUGAGCACACUGGUGGAGCUGGAGCUGUACGACAAUCAGAUUGUAAUCAUGGAGAAUUUAGAUGGCCUCGUCAAUCUAGAGAUGCUGGACCUAUCGUUCAACAGGAUCAAAGAGAUCACUGGUCUAGACAAGCUGCUGAAACUAAAGAAGCUGUUUCUCAGCUCCAACAAGAUCACGGAGAUCAAGAACGUUAAUCAUCUGCCUGAGUUAGAACUGCUUGAGUUAGGCGAUAAUCGGUUGCGGGAAAUCAAAAACCUAGAAGGCCUGAAAACUCUAAAACAGCUAUACCUAGGCAAAAACAAGAUAUCUAAAAUACAGAACUUGGAAGAACUCACAGAACUCGAAGUUUUAGUUCUACAGAGCAACCGUAUUACCCAAAUAGAGAAUUUGGACGAACUUCGUAACUUAGAACAGUUGUAUAUAUCUGAGAAUGGCAUAUCCGUUAUUGAAAAUUUGGGUAACCAGAUGAAGUUGACGACUUUGGAUCUUGCCGUCAACAGGAUCACAGUUAUUGAGAAUGUUAGACAUAUGGCUGAUUUGGAAGAGUUAUGGCUAAACGACAACCAAAUCACAGACUGGUCAUCCAUAGACUACCUGAAAAACAACACUAAAAUCGCCACGAUAUACCUAGAGCGUAACCCCCUGGCCGCCGACCCCGCGUACAGGAGGAAACUGAAGCUAACCCUCCCGUCGCUGCAGCAGAUCGACGCUACUUUGUGUAGAUAAGAUUCUUUUUUGUUUCAACCUUUUUCGUAGUUGGAGUGGUGUGAGUAAGGAGUUUUUUAGUCGCUGUUUUGAGUCUAUGGUUAGAUGUUGUUCGUUGAUUAAAAAUGCCUAUAUUUUUGGCAGAUGGCUUGUAAAGUUGGGUAAAAUAAAAAUAUGUGAAUUUUAAUAAUCUCUUAUCGGUAUAACAUUUUCAAAAUCCUUUAAAAUUACUAUCUGAACACCACUCCAAGUAGUCCAUUUGGUAAGUAGCUUAGGCAUACAGAAACGAAAAUACAUAGUUUAUUUUAAUAUCAAACCUACAUACUUUGCAUCUUUGAAUAUCAAUAAAACGUUUUAAACAUUUUUGUGAAAUGUAGAAUGUAUGUAUGUCUAUGUUUUUAUAUUUAUGUAUGUAUAUUUAAAUGUAGGCAUAGAUGUUGAUGUAUGUAGUUAAUUCAGUGUAUUAAAUAUAAUUUGGUAGUGCUGAUAUUUUUAUUAUAUUUGUAUUUAUAAGAGAUUGUUUUUUGAACCAGAAUUUAUGAUGAAACAUGAAGAGGGAUGAACGUGUAUCAUACAUUUUCAAACCAAACGUAAAAUUUAACAUUAUUUAUUUUAAACACAUUAAUUUUACUACAUAGAAAUUUGUCCUUUUAAAAUCUUGUAAUAACAGUUGCCUGUUUAUUUCAAAACUGUUGAAACAUGGCCCUCCAUUUGUGGAUCACCACAGUCGGGUAAAAUAAUGUGACUAAAUAUAAGUGCCUAUUUCAAAAUGUCCAAAUUCAAGUAGAAAAUUGUUGAAUUUAUAUAAUAUAAAUAAGUAUGUUCUCAAUAUCAUUACAAUUAAUACAAAUAACUCGAGUAUUUUACUUAUUAAAUGCUAGAAUUAACUUACAUAUCAUUUUUUUCUGAUUUUAUCCAAAAUAUACCAUAUUAUUUAAAUUAUUUAGCAUGGCAACAUCAAUAAGAAAUUAUGUAUUUCGCCUGGCAACACCAUCAAGGAAUUAUCUACCAUAUUAUUUAUUUUAUGUACAACAUAUGAAUAAUGUAAAAAUAAGCAUUUAUGUACCAACAAACAUGGAUUUGAGUAUAGAUUUUCUACUGAUUGUAGUGUAUUUAAAUGUUGUGAAUAGCGGUCGUGUAUGUAUGUCGAAUAUUUAAUGUAUUUUACCUCUUACAUCUCAUUUUAUUUUAAUAGUCCAGAUUAGGGUGUGAUUUUAAAAGAAAUAUAUAUAAAAAAAAACUAUUAUUUCAGCAACAUCAUUAAAAUUGCUAAGCAUUUUAUAAACUAAAACCGUAUGGAAAUAAGAUCUUGUCGGCAAGUUAUCAUCAGACGAACAGACGGCAGAGUUCGUACCAAACAAUAAAUGCAAGAAUAUUCACGCGAGGAACCAUUGGCAUAAUAUAUAACUGAGUUCAAAUCUUUAAAAUCUUGAAAAAUAGUUCACCAAAAUCUUUUAAAAUCACUCGCUAAAUAAAUUCACUGUAAUUCUAGAAAGUUCCUAACAUCAUCUGUUGGAUUUAGUUUGUAAAUUACUUUGUAUUAUUAUUUAACUCACGUAAUGACAUUAUAGCGUAACAUUAAAUGUUAGGCAAUAAAUUAUGUUUAAAUUA